CAGACGUAAUUUUGAUCCCAAUAUCUUUCCUACGAAACAUGAUGAGAGAAGGCACUCAAACUAAACUAAACCCAAGGCAACAAGAAGAGAAGCAAGAGAUGUGGAGAACCAUAGAAGUUGUUGCAACAGUUGAGCAUGUUGUGGACAUGUAUCCGGCGGCGGUCGGUUCCAACGUUGUUGAUGAACAUAACUUGAUUCCUCCGUUCAACUUUGCGAUGGUUGACAAUGGCAUCUUCAGGUCUGGUUUCCCCGACUCUGCAAACUUCGCUUUUCUCCAAAGACGUAACCUCCGCUCCAUCAUAUAUCUGUGUCCCGAGCCUUACCCAGAAGCCAACACUGAGUUCUUAAAGUCCAAUGAAAUCAAGCUUUUUCAGUUUGGAAUUGAAGGUUACAAGCAUCAUAUGACUCCACCGCACUUUGUUUCGGAGCCAUUUGUAAAUAUCCCAGAGGAUGCAAUUCGUGAAGCUCUAAAAGUUGUCAUUGAUGUAAGGAAUCACCCUGUUCUAAUCCACUGUAAUCGUGGGAAGCAUCGAACCGGGUGUCUGGUUGGAUGCUUGAGAAAACUGCAGAGAUGGUGUUUGUCGUCUGUGUUCGACGAAUACCAGAGGUUUGCGGCGGCUAAAGCUAGGGUUUCGGAUCAGAGGUUUAUGGAGUUGUUUGAUGUUUCCAGCGUGAAACAUCUGCCCAUGUGUUUUUCUUGUUCCAAGAAGUGAACAUCGGGCUGCGUAGAGUUUCUGUUGGUGAACAGUGACAAGGCAAGUAAUGUUGUGGCAAUGCUCUGUUUGUGUUGAACAUUGUUCAGAUCUCCCUUUCCGUCUUCUACUUGAUUUUUU